AUGUCUGUGGAUUUCAAGUUUUCCGACGUCAUUUCCGGCAAUUCCGGCAGUUGUUUCCGUCAAUCGAGGGUUGUUGGAAUGCUAGUAGCAUAUGUUCUAGCUCCCAAAUCUGAACCAAGCUCCACUUCCGGGUUCAUAUCGAUUUCUAUGCUUGCUUAUAAGAGUUUGAUUGGAGAAGUUUCAUCUCUCAGCAUAAUUAGGAUUGUGCUAUUGAAAUCGCAUGGUCGCUAG